UGUCCUCCCGCUUCUUCAAAGCAUUCGAAAGUUAUGUGUGUGUAUAUAUACAAUAUAUAUAGUGGUUGUAUGUAUUCGAUUCAGGUAAGGAGUACUAAUCGAUCUCUCGCUUGAGUCGCUUGCCAAAACCCAGAGAGCCCAAGUAAGCACAGAAAGACAGAGUGGAGAGAGAAAGUUCAGAGAGAGAGAAACCCUAGUAGCUCUGGUUCCUUCCUCUGGGUAGCAUCGGAAGUUUAUCGGAUUUUAAAAUAAGUUCAGGAAAAAAUGGCCAUGGAGAUCACUCAAAUUCUGUUAUCCGCUCAAUCAAUGGAUGCAAAGGUCCGGACCGAUGCAGAGGGUAACCUUAGGCAGUUCCAAGAGCAAAACUUACCAUCUUUUCUUCUAUCCUUGUCAUUUGAGCUCGCGAACAAUGACAAACCGAUUGAAUCCCGAAGAUUGGCUGGUAUUAUGCUAAAAAAUUCAUUAGAUGCUAAAGAUGCUGUUCGGAAGGAAAAUCUCGUUCAACAGUGGGUGGCAAUUGGCAUUUCUAUCAAAUCCCAGAUCAAAGACCUGCUUUUGAGGACACUUGGGUCUUCCGUGUCUGAGGCAAGGCACACUUCUGCCCAAGUGAUUGCCAAAAUUGCUUCGAUUGAAAUUCCUCGGAAGGAGUGGCCUGAACUCAUUGGAUCGCUGCUUGUGAAUAUGACCCAGCAAGAUGGGCCUUCUUCACUUAAACAGGCAACCUUGGAAACUCUUGGAUAUGUUUGUGAGGAGAUAUCUCACCAGGAUCUUGUGCAGGAUGAAGUUAACUCUGUCCUCACUGCUGUUGUCCAGGGCAUGAAUGUUACUGAGCACAGCACUGAAGUCCGCCUUGCAGCAACUAGGGCUUUAAAUAAUGCCCUUAUUUUUGCGCAGACCAAUUUUGAGAAUGAGAUGGAGCGGAAUUACAUUAUGAAGAUGGUCUGUGAGACAUCCAUGGCAAAAGAGGCAGAGAUUAGACAAGCAGCUCUCGAAUGCCUUGUUUCAAUAGCAUCAACAUACUAUGAAGUGCUUGAACCUUAUAUGCAGACCAUCUUUGAGCUUACCUCAACUGCCGUUAAAGGUGAUGAAGAGGUUGUUGCCCUUCAAGCAAUUGAGUUCUGGAGCUCCAUCUGUGAUGAGGAGAUAGAGCUUCAAGACUUUGAGGUCCCUGAGAGUGGGGAUUCUGACCCUCCGCAUUCACGCUUUAUUGAAAAGGCUUUAUCAUCUUUAGUCCCUUUGCUGCUAGAGACUUUACUGAAGCAGGAAGAGGAUCAGGAUCAGGAAGAUGGGAUUUGGAAUUUGUCAAUGGCUGGUGGUACAUGUCUAGGUCUUGUUGCUAGGACUGUUGGGGAUGCAGUCGUGCCCCUUGUGAUGCCUUUUGUGGAGGCUAAUAUAUUGAAGACAGAUUGGCGAUCUCGUGAGGCGGCCACAUAUGCAUUCGGUUCAAUCCUUGAAGGCCCGAGCAUCGAGAAGCUCUCCCCAAUGGUCCAUGCAGGCUUGGAUUUUCUGCUUAAUGCAAUGAAGGAUGAAAAUAGCCAUGUGAAGGACACAACUGCUUGGACUCUUAGUCGUAUUUUUGAGUUAUUGCACACUCCAUCAAAUGGGUUUUCUGUAAUUUCUCCUGCCAACUUCCAACGGGUUGUGGGGGUUUUGUUGGAUGGCAUUAAGGAUGCGCCCCAUGUCGCUGAGAAGGUCUGUGGAGCUAUUUAUUACCUUGCACAAGGGUAUGAGGAUGCUGGUACAAGCUCCUCUCUCCUCACUCCAUACCUUCCAGACAUUAUAACUUGUCUUAUUGCAACUGCUGAUCGAACAGAUUGUAGUGACUCCAAGCUCAGGUCUUCUGGAUAUGAAACCUUGAAUGAGGUGGUUAGGUGUUCCAAUCUCACAGAAACAUCUCAUAUCAUAACACAACUUCUACCUGUCAUCAUGAAUAAGUUAGGGCAGACUGUAGAGCUUCAGAUUGUUUCAUCGGAUGAUAGGGAAAAGCAAGGAGAUCUGCAAGCUCUUCUUUGUGGAGUUCUCCAGGUAAUCAUCCAGAAACUUAGCAGUACUGAUGAGACAAAACCCAUAAUUCUUCAGGCUGCCGAUCAGAUUAUGAUAUUGUUGCUCAAGGUUUUUGCUUGCCGUAGCUCUACAGUGCAUGAAGAAGCAAUGCUUACUAUUGGUGCUCUGGCUUAUGCCACUGGACCAGAGUUUGGAAAGUAUAUGCAAGAGUUUUACAAGUAUCUGGAGAUGGGUUUACAGAAUUUUGAAGAAUAUCAGGUCUGUGCUAUCUCAGUUGGGGUGGUUGGUGACAUUUGCCGUGCUUUGGAUGACAAGGUCUUACCAUACUGUGAUGGAAUUAUGACGCACCUUCUCAAGGAUCUUUCCAGUGGCGAACUUCACCGGUCUGUUAAACCUCCAAUAUUCUCAUGCUUUGGGGAUGUUGCUCUUGCGAUUGGAGAACACUUUGAGAAGUACCUUCCUUAUGCAAUACCAAUGAUGCAAGGAGCUGCUGAGGUCUGUGCCCAGAUGGACAACAAUGACGAAGAGAUGGUGGAAUAUGGUAACCAGCUCAGGCGUAGCAUUUUUGAAGCUUAUUCUGGAAUUCUUCAGGGAUUUAAGAAUUCAAAGCCUGAUUUGAUGCUGCCUCAUGCUACUCAUCUCUUGCAGUUCAUAGAAGUAGUUUCCAGAGAUGAACAAAGGGAGGAGAGUGUGACAAAAGCAGCAGUCGCAGCAUUGGGCGACCUUGCAGAUGCACUCGGUUCAAAUGUAAAGAUCCUAUUCAAAGACCGUGUGUUCUGUACUGAGUUAUUGGGUGAGUGUUUUCAAUCUGAUGAUGAACAGCUCAAGGAGACAGCAGCCUGGACCCAAGGGAUGAUUGGGCGUGUAUUUUCCGUGUGAAUAGAAGAUGUUAUAUCUUACCUGUGGAUGGUCUUUGUUUAUGAAAUGGGUUAAACUUUUUCUUUGUUUUGAUAGAGAUCAAGGGUGCCGAGGUACUAAAUGAGAGUUGAGGUCAUACAUCCUUGUUGUCUUUUGUAUUGCAGGUAUAAGUUUCAGAAUUUCUGAAAUGUUUUAUAUAUAUCUGCUUUGUAGUGGGAUGGAAAGGUUCUUGUUAGCUUUGGCAUUGAGGCCGUUAGAUAGAGGGGGUGAGCUGCUAUUCUUAUGGAACUCUGCUUAAUUUUAUGCAUCCAGUAAUCAUUGGAUUGUUUGGUUA